GCUCAAAACCGUGGCCGCAAUCGAUCGCUCGCCACCUUUUCUUGUUUCCAUGGCUAUAAAUCUCACUGCUUCUUUGCUCUCUUGGCAAUGCAAUCAAACUAAACUCGAACUCGAACUUAGACUCAAGCUCAGGUUCAGAGUAGUAAUCGGCUAUUCAGCUAGUGCUAAAAUCAUCUCUGCUUCUAGCUGUUCUUGGUUAGUUGUUGCUGUUGUUGUUGUAGAAGAACUGAGGAAGAAGAUGACGACGGUGAGUCGUGCCUACCUCGACCAGAAGCUCGCCCUCGCAAAACGCUGCUCCCGAGAGGCGACGCUCGCCGGAGCCAAGGCGGCGGCGGUGGCGACGGUGGCGUCAGCCGUCCCAACGCUGGCGAGCGUGAGGAUGCUGCCAUGGGCGAAGGCGAACAUCAACCCGACGGGGCAGGCGCUGAUCAUCUGCACGGCGGCCGGGAUGGCCUACUUCGUCGCCGCCGACAAGAAGAUCCUCUCGCUGGCGAGGAGGCACUCGUUCGAGGCCGCGCCGGAGCACCUCAAGAACACCUCCUUCCAGGGCGCCGCCCGCCCCCACCCGGCCUUCUUCAGGCCAUGAGCAGCACUGAACUUCCCAGUGGCUGAUGGAGCCCUGAAUAAUUAAACUAAACUACUGAGCAAUAUGGCUUUGUUUUGUUGUGUAAUGGUGGUUGUAAUGUAAUUAGCUCUGUCUUGCUGUUGUUGAUGAUGAUGAUGAAAUCAAUGGGAGCUAGUACUCCGUUUCUU